AUGUCCGACUUUGGAGACCCCGAUGACAUGCUGCUCGCCCUCGCAGGCGGUGGCGAUGGAUCCUCUGAUGAAGCAUCCGAUGCGGGUAGCCGAGGUCGCAGCCGCAGUCGCAGUCGUGGCCGGAGUCAGAGCCGGAGUCAAAGCCGCAGCCGCAGUCCUGAGCGAUCAGAGAGCGCCCAGCCUGCGGAGCGCUCAUCUCCACGGAGCCCCGCGACAAAGAAGACGCCGGCAAAAAAGUCCCAGGGACGCAACAAAGCUGACUCCGAAGAUGAGGGUGAAGCCUCCGAUCCAGGUACUCCUCGCUCGCAAUCAUCGGUGCCAAUGGAUGAAUCCGACUCUGAUGCGGAGUCCGAUGCGGCCCAGGGCAAGGAACCCGACGAAGGCGAGAACAGGUACCCGGUCGAAGGACUCUACAAGAGCUACGAAGAAAAGGAAGAGAUCAUGGCCAUGCGAGAGUUCGAGCGAGAGAGGAUCCUUGAGGAGAGACACGCGGAGAGGAAUCGGGCCAAGACCCUGGCCACGUUGAGGCAGAUGGUUCAGAACACAGAGCAGGGAGAGAAGCAGAAGAAGCGCAAGGCUGGCGCCGCCGAGCUUGAGGAGGGCCAGCGUAAGACGUCCCGACCUCGCACCACGUCGAAGACCACCAAAGCGCUCCCUACAGCCCUCGAUAACCUCAAGCGUGCACGAGCGGAGAAGCAGGAUCGCCGUCGCAAGGACGAAGAGCGACGCCGAGACCGCCGAUCGCCUUCAUACCGGAGCGGCUCAAGCCGCAGCCGCAGCCGCCAUUCCGACGAUAGCGACGUCGAGUGGGCUGGAGCGACCAAGAAGAGAUCAAAGACUCCGGAGAGAGCUCUGCCUUCCGAACUUCGAGACAUUGAGAGAUGCCGCCUCAGUCGCACCCGCUUUGCCAAGCUCAACUUCUGGCCAGGUUUCGAGGAGACGGUGAAGGGCUGCUACAUACGCAUUCACAUCGGGCCUGACCCUAACACGAGACAGCCCGUGUACCGAAUGGCAGUCAUCAAAGGCGUCACCACGGGUCGACCAUACGCUGUUGAGAAUGAGCAGCAUAAGACCAUUGUCACAGAUCAAUAUGUGAUCGGUGCGCAUGGCAAGGCUGAGAAGGAAUGGCCCUACAUCGCUUGCUCUGAGAGCCCCUUCACUGAAGCCGAAUGGAACCGCUAUCAAAUCGUCUGCGGAAAGGACGGUAUAACAAUUCCCAAGAAGCCAGAGCUGGCGCAAAAGGUCGACGACAUCAAUAGACUCCUCAACCGUAGCUGGACCGACGAGGAGCUGUCAGAGAAGCUCAAGCGCCAGACCCUACUGAGAGAUAAGUUCAGCGGCGCCGAGAGGGCAAGACUCGAGCAGGAGAUCGCCGAAGCCCGCAGGCAUGGCAACGACACGCUCGCGGACGAACUGCAGGAGAACCUGGAUAAGAUGCCGGCCCCUCGCCUAGCCUUCUCAACCACACUGAAGAAGGCGAGCCCGGUAAAGCCCAGCGGCCCGACGCAGCAGGACCGCCUGGCCGAGAAGAACCGCCUCAACCGACAGCUCAACGCGAAGCAGGUGCGCGAGGCGCAGAUAGCGGAGCGGCGCAAGGCGCGGGAGGUCCUCACGGACAAGGGCGGCGACGACACGGACGGCGGUGAUCCGUCGUCCCGCCGCGCGGGGGCGAGGAAGAAGUUCGCGGCCGGGGCCCGGGACGGCGGCGGCGGCGGCGGCAACAACGUGCUCAACUCGACGGCCGGCAGCGGCGCCAGCACCCCUGCGAACGGCACCCCCAAGCUGGGCGCGCAGAACCCCGUGCCGCCGCACGUGGCGAAGCUGCGCGAGCAGCAGGAGGCCGCGGCGAACGGCAAGGGCGGCGUGCCCAAAAUCCACCGGGCGCUGACGGACGAUGAUAUCAUCGGGUCUCUGGAUCUGGACAUCGAUGUCGAGAUCUGA